AUGGAGUUUCUUCCAGCCCUGAAAGGCCGGGGAGGAUGGCUGGUUCCUGGACUCCACCGCUGGGCCUCCCAUGCCUCCGUGCCCCAGGCUGCCCCCUCCCUGGCUUUCGUUCCAAACAGCCCCCCUCCGGACGCUGGGGCAAUAGAAAAACUCCAGAUGUUCGUUCUUCACUGCCAGCGGCUCUUUGUCUUGACCGGAGCAGGAAUCUCCACCGAAUCCGGCAUCCCGGACUACCGCUCUGAAGGCGUGGGCCUUUACGCCCGGUCUGACCGGCGGCCUCUCCAGCACGCCGAGUUUCUCCGCAGUGCCUCAGCCCGGCAGAAAUACUGGGCCAGGAACUUUGUGGGGUGGCCCCAGUUUUCCUCCUUUCAGCCCAACGCGGCACACCGGGCUCUGAGCAGCUGGGAACAGCGGGGGAGGCUGCACUGGCUGGUGACCCAGAACGUGGACGCCCUCCAUGCCAAGGCCGGCAGUCGGCGCAUGACUGAGCUGCAUGGCUGCACGCACAGGGUCAUGUGCCUCAACUGUGGGGCCCGGGUCUCCCGUGAGCGACUCCAGGAACAUUUUGAGGCUUUGAACCCCACGUGGACAGCUAAGGCCCACGGCGUGGCCCCUGACGGAGAUGUCUUUCUGCCGGAAGAGCAGGUGCGCCAUUUCCGUGUCCCACCGUGCAGCAAAUGUGGUGGGGUCCUCAAGCCAGAUGUGAUUUUCUUUGGGGACAACGUGUGCAAGGAGAAAGUGAACUUGGUGUACCAGCGUCUUGAGGAGUCCGAUGCGGUCCUCGUGGCCGGGUCUUCCUUGCAGGUCUUCUCAGCUUACAAAUUUGCCCUUGCUGCCCGGGACAGGAAGCUGCCGAUGGCCAUUGUUAACAUCGGCCCCACGCGGGCCGAUUCCUUAGCUUCUUUAAAGCUGAAUUCCCGCUGUGGGGCACUGCUGCCUUCGAUUCUCCUUUGA